AUGAUCGAUGGCCUGAGUGGGAAUAUUUUAUCCAAAGCCGAGAAAGAUGAACUGGAGGAAUUACGCAAAUGGCUGGAGAAGAAGCUGGCUAGCCUGCCAACACGGACAAAGCGCGUCUCCAAGAAACCGCAGGUGGAUGACUGUUGCCAGCACCUGGGUCACGCGCAUGGUGACGGAGCGGCCGGUAUUCGCAGACAGAUAGUGACCCACUUCCACUGCAUAUCCUGUGAUCGCCCCUUGGAAUUGGAGAUUGAAAAAGUUCUGGGCACAUCCUUCUACGAUGCCUACCGUUCUCCCAGGCAGUGUGGUGGAGAGCACACUACCACAAGUCCUGAAUCUCGUCUGCGGAGAGCCCAGAUGGCUCUCGGCUAUGCUGCAAUUGAAAAUGGAGCCGCGUCACCGGAUCGGUUACGUAAGUCGACCGUCUCACUGCCACCUCUGGACAAAGUGCGUCCGCAGUCUGCCGGUGGGAUGGGACACGCAACGAUGUCCGACCGACAGGCAAUGUGGGAUCCAGUUGACGGCAAAACCAAGAAGUUACGCUUAGUGGCCUUGACGCAGGAAAACGAGCUCCAGGACUUCCCAACUGCCCCCGAACCAAGUGCGAUUUACGAAGGAGAAUCGGAAGGAGAAUGGGACGACCGAGUGAAGCAGCAGUCUGCGGAGGUCAGUGAUAGACAGGCGGUUACGCUAACACCCAGAUCUUCUGCGACGAUCCGACGCUCCUUAGAUGCCUCUGGCGCGGAUGACGUAAAACUGUUGGAUGUGGAGACACCCCAGGUUUUAAAGGAGCAGGAAGACCCUGAAAACUCGGAACACAUCUCAGAAGAUCAUCCGGUGGACCCCGGAGAAGAAAAGGACCCCUGA